CGCGCGUCUCUCUGGCGCAUGCGCUUUCCUGGCUUCAGAGGAAGCCGGCGCUCUUGCUUGUGACUUCCGCCUCAGUUGAGCUUCCGGCGCGAAGGUCACGGACAAGAUGGUACCCCCGGUUCAGGUCUCUCCGCUGAUCAAGCUCGGCCGAUACUCAGCCCUGGUCCUCGGCAUGGCCUACGGCGCUAAACGCUACAGUUACCUAAAACCCCGGGCAGAAGAGGAGAGGAGGGUGGCAGCGGAGGAAAAGAAGAGACUAGAUGAGCUGAAGCGGAUCGAGAGAGAACUGGCAGAAGGUGACACCAUACUCAAGUGAUGCAGAGCCCAUGAGCUUGCCUGUCCUUAGCCGCUGAGGAUGAAUAAAGCUUUGUCGUGUGAUGGA